AUGGUCUUCACCAUGGCAGCCAAGGCUACGGCCCUGCUUCUUACUCUCCCCUCCGUUGUCAAUGGCCUCCCAAUUCUACCACCACAGGUAAACAUCACCCUCACGGAGAAUGUGCCUCAUUCGGCGGCUUUGGCCAUCACCCCUGGCCUUGAGUAUCUUCUCCAGCCUGACCUCCCUCACAUCAACGACCCGAGCAUCAUUCUCGGUCCUGAAACUGCACUCUACAACUCCACUACGCUGCCCAAGGAGAACUCUUGGAUCAAGGGAAUGCUCCAGCGUCUUGGCGUCGGCGGCUCCUCUACUAAACCCGCAAACAGCAACGACACAGCUCAGCCCAGCAAGUCGGACAAGAAGCACUCCAAGAGAUGGUGGGGUGCCAUGACGGGUUGGAGGGACAAGAUUGUCGACGUCUGGGCCCCGACCAAGUGGGAUAACUGGCCGGUCGAGGUCACCCUCAUCAACGCCACCCCUUACCGCUGGCGCAGGGGUCACACACACUCGUACCAGAUGAUCUCGUGGAUACCCAACUGGCCCAAGUACAUAGAACCCGGCCAGACUGUCCGCAUCACCAGUUCUGUCGAGACCAUGGCUCCCUGGGACGCCGCUGGCGAGGUCGUUUACCACCUCGAGGGCGUCUCCAAGCCAAUGUCCUUUGAGGUCAGGCGACGGACCCCUCAGACAAAAGACCACAUCUUCAAGGGCGACCUCCCCAAAGAGAUCUCAGUGCGUUACCUGGAGAACCUCGAGACGUUCAAGAGCUCAAAGAAGUCGGUCAAGCAGAUCAAGUGGUGGGACUUCCCCGCAAGCUGCCACUGGGUCCUCGCCGGAAAGGAGGGCGACUUCAUCGCCGCCGACGACGUCGGCCCAGGCUGGAUGUCAGAGAAGAUGGACCAGAUCGGACAUAUUCCCCUCCGUGAGCUCGCUAUCCCCCGGUCUCAUCAUGCCGGCAUGUACAAGAUGGGCGAGCUCUUUGGCAUGGGUAGCAUCUACAACACUCUCACCCAGUACAAGGACUUGACCUUCCAGCUGACCGAGGGUGGUGUCCGGGUCAUUGAUAUUCGACCUUUUCUCAACUACGGCAAGCACGGCUACAAAACCUGGGAGUCUCAUGGUUCAGUCUUUGGCGGCAAGUGGCACGGCGGGCUUGGGGUGUCGCUCGAGGACAUGAUUAACCAGGUCAACGCGUUCAACAAAAAGUACCCAGGAGAACUCAUCAUCUGGGACAUCCACCCCAACCAGGCUCUUGUCCGCCGGCCUAACGGCAAGGUUGAACAGAUGAGCGAGGGUGACCGCGCAGUCAUGUAUCACGAGUUCAAGAGGCUCAAGCACCGUGUCGAAGUCCCCGACAACGGAGACCUCACCAGGUGGCCCCUGGAGCAGUUCGUCACCAACAAGACAUCAGGCGUUCUCAUCCGCACUCGCCGUGAGUGGAGGGAUGACGAGUCGUACCCCGGAGGCUCUCAGGGCUUCGUCACCGAGGCCAACUUCCCCGUUCACCACGUCUGGGCCAACAAGCCGGACACCCCGGGGCUCAUCGAUGUCACGGUCAAGGAUCUCAAGGAGCGCAAGACCAAGCGCACCUCUACUCUCUACUUUGCCGACUGGAUCGUCACCCAGCAGGGCUUCGACGUCGCCGUUGGCAGCAAGUUCAUCGCCGAGAUGGCCAUCACGACCUACAAGGCCCUGUUCUACGAGCUCUGGGCGGCCCUGACCAUGGAACGAUACCCCAACUGGAUCGCCACUGACGGCAUCCGCUCCAGUGAGAGUAAGUCGUUCGCCAUGACACUCAACCACUGCUUUGCUGGCGGUCGGUGUGGCAAGAUCCAGCCGAGCAAGAAGCUCAGGUACGGACCUGAUAACGAGCUGGGAUUCUAUCCCACCUUGACAUGGAUGGACGAGGUGAAGGAAUAUGAGGCCAAGCAAAAGGCAAAGAUAAAGGGGGGAAAGUCGAAGUUAUAA